UCUCUUGUAUAUAACCGUCGAAGGUGUCACGGGUCAGACUCCCUUCUUACUUCAAACCACAUCGUUUCGACGUUCCGCAUCGGUUUCGUUCUGGUCUCGGUGUCUCAGGGUUCGAUAUUGUAUUAACACCAUGUCAAAAGUCUACGUUGGCAAUUUGAGUUGGAACACUACGGAUGAUACUUUGCGCUCUGCGUUUGGCCAGUUUGGUCAGGUCCUUGAUUCAAUCGUGAUGAGGGACCGCGAAACUGGACGUUCGCGUGGGUUCGGAUUCGUCACGUUUGGCACUCCGCAAGAAGCGGACUCGGCCAUUACCGGAAUGAACGAUCAGGACUUGGACGGUAGACAAAUCCGUGUCAACUUGGCUAACGCUCGUCCCGGAGGAGGAGGAGGAGGCGGCGGCGGAGGGUACAGCGGGGGAGGUGGUUACAGUGGAGGAGGUGGCGGAGGAGGCUACCAGGGUGGGGGAGGCUACCAGGGCGGAGGAGGCUAUCAAGGUGGAGGCGGGGGUUACCAGGGCGGAGGAGGCUACCAAGGCGGAGGAGGCUAUCAAGGAGGCGGGGGAUACCAAGGUGGCGGUUCCGGGUACAAUGGUGAGGAGGAUAUCAAGGCGGAGGGUACCAAGGAGGUUAUUGAGAAUCAUCCAGGAUCCAAUGCCAUCCCACUUCUCCGCUUCCAGCUUCCAGCGUCCACUGUCGUUAACACUCGCGUUAUUUCGUUCCUUGUUCAUUCACGGGACACCAUGCCGGGUCCCGCUCGCUCCCCUUCGAGCCAGAAAGGCGUACAACCGCCCCGCCCCGCGAAUGCAUGGAUUCUCUAUCGCUCGGACAAGUCGAAGACGCUGAACCGACAAGCUCAGUCGGACAUGUCUAAGGCGAUCGCGACUAUGUGGAAGACGGAGUCGCGCGAGGUGCGCGAGCACUAUGAGAAAAAGGCUGAGGAUGCCAAAGCAGAACACGCUCGCAAGUAUCCCCAGUACCGUUUCCAGCCCGUGAAGAAGGAGCAGCGCCGAGCAAAUAAGAUUGCUUCCAAAGCCAUUGGGCAAAUACCUGAGCCUCAAUCUUCCCAACCCCCCACUUCACAUGCCACAUCGGCCUCCAGCGUCCCAGGCCAGGCACGUUCGUAUGCCAAUCCCCUCUUGCUCAAUCUCUCCCUCCCCGGGCAGCCCGAUCCGCGACGGUACGGCCCUAACGGCCCCACUCCACCUAUGUCCGCUGCUUCGUCCCCGAGCGGCAGCAUCGUCGAAUUGCCCUCAGUUAGCCGCGUGGACACUUUCAUCUCUGCUGCGACCCAUCCAUCCUUUUACCCUCAAACACCGGCCAGCACGAUCGACUCUCCGCUCAUUCCAGCUGACCAAGGUCAGCAAAUGGACAGUUUCGACAAUGGCGCAUUCUCCGCUGCGCUUGUGCCGCAGUGGAAGGCCCCUAGUGAGGAUCAACCAGAGUCUCUGCUGUUCGAGGGAGGUCAGCCAUGGGAUGGUAUGAGCAUGUCCUAUCCCAGUGUCCAGCAGCACGACCUUUUACAGUUCGAUUUAUCCGAAAUGGCCAUGCAGAAUUGGACCGGCGAUCAAUCUGAGUUUGCUCAGUUAUUGGGCGGCGACAGCACUGCAUCCAUUUUCCAAUUGGACAAUUUCGAUCCUCAAUUGCUUUUGGAGAAUCCCACUGGACCUUUGGAAGUCACCAUGGCUCCUAUGGCUUUCAAUGUCCUUGGCCAACCGAUCCCCAACCUUUCUCAGCUUUCGUACUACGGACAGGACAGCCACUCGCCCAUCCUCGACUCUUCAUUUGGCAAUGAAAUUUCCCCACUCUUCACGACUGAGCAACCGACACCGGCGUAUACAGACGAAGCGUCGCCUUAUCCCGCCGAUAAAUUUUUCGAUUACGAUUAUGGUGCCGCCCAAGGCAUUCUCACUCGCCGACUGCCGAAUCUUCUCGGUCUUACGUCCCACCUGCGGGAGCAGCCAAUGCUUCCGCUCGCCGUGUCGGAGGCACUUGGCGCCCGAGCCCUGUGGCUGUCUCUCCCAUUGAUCAGACCCCCGCAUGGGAUGUUCGCGCGUAAAGCUUGACGCGCGCGUUUGAUCUCACGAUAUCUCACGACUACAUCGCAUCAUCAUUUCUUCUUUGCUUUCCUGUCCUCUUGCAAUUCCCUGCCGCUGCUGUCUCGCAUUAGCAAAACCGUCUCUUACUUGUCAUUUUGCUUUCCCUGGUUCUACCCGCCUGCCCUUCUUUGUGUAUAUCUGCUGUCCUCCUGCUCUCCAUCCAAAACCGCUCCUGCUGUGAUUACUUAUCAGUCCAUCUUAUUCACUCAAUAAAUUCCGAUCUCAUGUCCCCGCAAGUAAUGAUAUUUCACCUGUACUAUCCAUCUAUUAUGUGUUGUAUUUUGUUGAACAAUGGAAACACGUGGCCUCGUUUCAAACUCCGCAUUGGUAACCCAACGCAUAUGGCUCCAUUGUGUUCCGUGUUUGGAGAACAAUGCACAGCCACCAGACCCAUCUUUCUAACUUCUCAAAUCAGACGUUGAGCGUUGAGUGAUGUCUGAUCUUGAUGACCAACAGAUCAUGACAUGCGCCAGAUUUGUGGUGCACUACCUCCAUGUCUUCAUCAGAUGCCCAAUCUUCUACUUGUCCAAUCCCGUUAUCUCAGUCACCCGAAACCCCUCGUCCAUCGUUCGCCAAUCCCCGGCAGUUUAUAGACCGAUCGCCGACACCCGACUCUCAACGACGUCGUGCUUUCAUCACAGACAAGUUGGCUCACCGCGUCGACCUCGCGCUUGCUCAGACCGCUGUCAUGGCUUCUUCAGGGGUCAUGGGGGGUAGCAACAAACCUCAUACGUCGCCAUCCAAGGCUUCUUAUGGCCGCACCUACGACUCAAAACUAGUCACGCGUGAAAUGCACAGAUUAGGGAAUCUCAGUCAUUUGCCAACGGGAUUGGCUCCGGGGCUCUCGCAGGCGCCUUCUGUUAACUCCCUGGCAUUGCCUGCGCCAGGUAGCAUGGCGCAAGUCAGCCUUGCCGCCACGACGAACUCCGAUCCGUGGGGUGCCCUACACGUGUAUGUUCUUCCAUUAUUCAACGGCGAGCCCUUGCGGAUACCCAUAGAGGAUCUUAACGUUCUGGUCACUCGCCACAUCUCGUCCGUCGUCUCUUCUGCCCCAUCAAAGGCCAUCGCAACUCUAGAGUCAGAUGCGGCGGAGUUGAUAGCCUCGGGCAUGGUCACGCUCAAUUCAAAGCUCUCGGGCACAGAGGACGAGUCUCUACUACAACGGGUAGUGGAUAUCUGGACUUUUUUCUGGGACGAAGUCCUGAGCUACGUUGAGGGUGCAUUUGUGCCAUUGCGUACUCACUCACUACUGGCUUCCCUCUAUCGCAAUAAACCUCAUCGCCCUUCUUCGCCGAGGCAGUCCAGCAAAGUCAAUGCUUCCGCACAUAUCAGCACGCCAAACUACAUUGACGUCCGUAUCAUCGCCUUACGCUCUUUUCGUGACAAAUUGGUGGUGCCGCUCUGUUCACGCUUGCGCACAUGCAUACAAAAUCGUGAUGAGAAGGAGAAUGAGCCAUUACCGAUGGUACAACCGCGACUGCAGCAAAUGCUGUUAGUUUUAUCAUCACUGAGCCGUCAACGGCCACCGAAGUUGUUAACGGCAGCACCCCCUGCCCCGUCAGUCAACGAAGCCGCCAUAGGCGACCUGCUGCGUACUUUACGCUCUCCGCGGCGCCAGUUUGAUGUCAAGUCGACUGCUGCGAGCCCCAUUCUCACUCCAAGAGCUCCCAGUUUCCUGUCCGCUGGGCUGCCGCGUGAUCGACGUGGUCGCAUUGCUCAAAAGCCCAACAAUCUCGUCGUCGCAGAAGAGAGUGACGAAGAUGUCUUUGGAGACGAAACACCUCGAAUUACGCAGGGACUGACAGACCGCGACCGUGGACGCGAAUUUCUCGAAUCAUUGCGCAGUCCAGAAUUAGAUGCGCCGCCGCAGGGUGGCUGGGGCUUAGGCCCAGGCGAUGGGACUGUGGAAGGCAACCGACCGGAGGAGGAGGACGAUGAACCCCUCAACUGGGAUGAAGCACAAGCCGUGGUUGAGAGGAUGGUCGGCAUGUCAUAUGGUCAGAGUCAAGAACCACGACGACGAUAGGGAACCGGGUUUGACACCCACCCAGUGUAUCUAUUAUCCCUGUGUACUACAUCACAUCGACAAACUCAGUUAUCUGAUGACACUCCAAUGCCGAGCAGGCCGCCCCAGCCUCCUCCGAUCUUCCCCAAUAGAGAAUAGAAGAUGUAUGGCCCAGAUGGGGCAGAGAAGAAGUGAACAUCUUCAAGCUUCGCUAUUUCGGCUGAAAGCGGGUCGAGGAGAGCCGAAGGGCCCUUCAAGGUCGAAGGAAUAUUUGUUUUCGGUGCGAAUUCCAGGUUCGAAAAGUUUUCGCUCGGUACUUCGAUACCAAGGGCAUUGAAGACGUCAUACUCGCUCCCGCGACCGAAGGCACCGUUACCAAGCCAUACAGCGACGUCCGAAAACUCGUCACUUUCACUGCUCUGUCCUGCGAGUGCACUCCCGCAUAGUAACGUUUCAGAGAUGGCAUGAGCCGUGGUGGCGAGGUUAUGGAGGUAGACGACGGUAUCAGAGUCUGGAGGAGAGACACCUUCCGGAAUGACAAGGGCGCGCGCGGAAUUGAAUGUCGCGCGUGGAAAACGAUGGGCAGUGGAGUACAUCGCUUGACGAAGGAAGUGGCUCAUGGAUGGAUUGGUGCCCCUGAUCGCUGCUGCUCAGAGCGCUCCAAGAACAGGUCACAUGUCGUCGUCAUAGCUGAUGUGUGGAAGCCGAGACGAUGGCUUGAUGGCUUGAUCGUAUCAUUGAGUCGGCAACAUGACUGACGAAUUAUUGCCGACCUCUUAGUUCCUCCUCCUUCUCCGCAUCUGCGACCGACGUCGAUGAUAAGCCGUUCGCAUGCUUGUCGACAAAUCAUUCAUCCACGCCUCACGCAGACAUACUCAAACUCUCUGACCCCUCACCCAUUGAUUUUCCUUCGUCGCUUGCAAACACUCCCUGGAGAGACGGAAACAAAUAGCAAAUCUUUACCACCUCGAAUUGAUUCAGUCCUCAAGUCUCAUGUUCAGCUUCGCCCAGGACCAUUGAAAGUUUCAAAACCCGUUUCCCCAUCCUCGCCCAACUUCUCAAAGGAGGAUGCAACAUCGAACUCUACUGAAAAACCCACAAUCCAGUCUGAAGAGUCCAUUUCCCUACAAGGGUUGAAGGAGGUUACCAUCAAGGAUAUCAAUGACGCGGAGAAUCAUGGUAUCCUUGCCCCUCCACCUGCUGGUGCCGGUUGGGCGAGAGCGACUCUGCAUAAGGCCAUACAACUCGGAAAAUUCUAUUUCCGGGGUGUAAAGCUCGUCUAUACGCGUUCUAAGAUUGCGCGGGAAGUCAGACAACGGGUGGCCUCUGGAGGAGCGCCGUUGACCAGAAGAGAAUUCCGCAUGCUGCAUACCCAAAGUGCUGAUAUGAAGCGAUUGGUGCCAUUCGUACUCAUCGCUCUAGUUCUCGAAGAAGUCAUCCCACUCAUUGUCUUAUACAUGCCCUCCAUGCUUCCCUCCACCUGUAUCCUGCCGUCGCAACGCCAGCGCAUUGAAGAAAAGGCCGUGGAUAAGGCCGCGGCUCUUGUCACGGCUCACGGCAGAGAUCUAGCUGCAAUAACGCGCGCUGCCAACAGUGGGGAGCUAGAUCUGGGUCGGCUUACGAAGGAUGGGAUAUCCACAGUCGUCUGCGGGAUGCUUCAUCUUUCGACGAGCGGAUUUGAUUUUCUCCGAAUUCGUCGCAUUCGUCGGCAUCUCGACUUUCUGGGGAACGAUGACGCCUUGCUAGGCCAACAGGAUGUCAAGUCACUGUCUCCUUCAGAUCUCGUUCAAGCCCUGCACGAGAGAGCGAUUGUCACGCGGGGCCUCGACGUGCACCAACAGCGAGGACGGUUGACUUGGUGGCUGAAUUCCGUGAACGAGAAGGGUGGCACUACAGCUCGGCGUGCAUUCCUGAUAGCGCAGUUGGGCGCUCGUUGAGAUAUUUGAUAUAUUAUAAUAUUGUACACAUCAUAGGCUAAAUCAGGACGCAUGAGCUAGAGCCUGCCAAUGGUCUUCGUCCCAAGGCCGAAGAAAGACGAGUUUCUGAGCCAAGCUCACAGCAGAGUUGUCACAGUCACCCUUCAGGGAUAGAGACAUGGCCUGGAGGGCGAGAUGUUUCCAAGCUGGUGUAUCUGAGGAUUCGGUUGACAACAGCGCCACUGCUGCUGAGGGUUCUCCUCGUUGCACAUUCAGCAGUGCCAGCUGCUGGCGAGCCUCUGCACGACUCGGUUCAGCCAUCACACUGCCUUGAGCGAUGGCCAUCGCCAACGAGAGGUUCCCUUGACCCAGCCUGUGCUGUAGCAACAGAUCAUCGACGUCUCUCGACGGAUCGAGCGUAAAUCGUCGAUCGGGAGGAAGUGCGAGCAGAUCUGCGAGGGCGGCAUCAACCAAUCCAUCGUCCUCUGUCAAAAUGCCCAUUCCAGCCAAUGUGUUGAUGGCCGCGAGAUUUUCUGGAUCAGUGGUUGUACUAAGGAAAAAAUCAAAGUCGGACAAUUCCUUUCGAAGAGCACUGACCAGUCCAGAAGAUGCGCUUUGGCACUUUCCUUGCAAUCCUCGGACCCGAUAGUCCACAUUGUUUGGGCAAGAAGCACAGCGAUAUGGCUUCGGACCACGGUCUCGCUGGCACUGCUCUCCAGCGCGCCUUCCAGCAGGGUGAUCGCAGCGUGCGAAUCACCAGAUUUGAAAUUCGCCAGGCCCAGACCAAAGUGAGCGUGAGCCACCAUUGUUUGAGUGGCUUGAUCGUUGCAGUCUCCCAAUAAACCCAGGACAUUCUCGAACGACUCGGCGGAAGACUCGUAGUCCUGUAACGCGAGUUUUAUUCGCGCGAGAUUCAAUGUCGCAAUGGUGAACUGGCGUUCCACGUCGGGAUGUUCGGACUGUUCGUAUUCGGCCUCAAGAAUCGUGAUGGCACGAAGCAUCAGUUCAUGGCGUAUUCUCUCUGUCCCAGGAUCUCGCAGACGAGGCCAAACAAGUGCAGCGCGCAAGCGUCGUCAGGGCGACUGUGACGGUAGCGGUCCAG